AGGCCAUAAUAGAAAUUAGAAUUGUGAAAUCUCAAAUAUAGUUUUAAUUUUUCUAUUGUAAAUUAAUUAUAUUUUAAACUUUACAUGUGACCUUAUCAAGUGUUUUUUAAUGAAAAAAAAACUAUAAAAACGUUGCUGAUAUUCUUUCUUAAGUCAAUAAUUUAUUUUUAAUGUAAUUUUGAAUGAAAAUUGUAAAUUACGCAUUUGCCACCAAAUUUCAUAACCUCUUCAUUCAAGUUUGUAUGAAAUAUUCCAAAAUGAAAAAAUCAAAUUCUACAAAAAGAGCACGCUCAUUGGACUUAAUUGAUAAAAUAAAAGAAGAACGUGAAAACACGGCAGAAUCAGUUAUAGAUUUUAAGUUUAAUAAGAAAAGAAUCAGAAUAUUAACAAAGCUAGAUGAGGUCGCUGAAGAUUGUGAUGGAGUACUUUAUUGGAUGUUUCGAGAUGCCAGAGUUCAGGAUAACUGGGCAUUUCUUUUUGCACAGAAAAUAGCUUUAAAAAAUCAAGUGCCUCUGCAUGUAUGUUUUUGUAUUUUACCAAAGUUUCUUGACGCAACUAUUCGUCAUUAUAAAUUUCUUCUAAAAAAUUUACAACAUGUUGAAGAGGAAUGCAAAUCUCUAAAUAUAAACUUUAGCCUUUUACAUGGUGAGCCUAAUUCAGUCAUUUUGGAAUUUGUUCAAAAGUAUAAAAUGGGAGCUGUUAUCACUGACUUUUUCCCUUUAAGAUUGCCAAUGUUUUGGGUCGACGAUUUGAAAAUGAAACUUCCCAAAGAUGUACCUUUUUGUCAGGUUGACGCUCAUAAUAUAGUUCCUUGCUGGGUGACUUCGGAGAAGCAAGAAUAUUCAGCCCGCACAAUUCGAAAUAAAAUAAACUCAAAGUUAGAAGAGUUUUUAACACCAUUUCCACCCGUUAUAAAGCAUCCGUAUUCAAGUAAACAAAAGUUGGAAAAUAACGAAUGGAAAACAGCAUUAAACAAUGUUAAAGUAGAUAAAACUGUAGAUGAAAUAUUAUGGGCAAAACCAGGAUACGAAAAUGGCAUUUUGGAACUUGAGUCAUUUUGUAAAAAUCGUUUGAAUAUUUAUAAUUCUAAACGAAAUGAUCCAGUAGUUGAUGCUGUUAGCAAUUUAUCCCCGUGGUUUCAUUUCGGAAUGAUAUCUGUUCAAAGAUGUAUACUGGAAGUGAAGAAAUAUAAAAAGGACCAUAAGGAAUCAGUAGAAGCAUUUAUGGAAGAAGCUAUUGUUCGACGAGAGUUGUCAGACAACUUUUGCUUUUAUAAUGAAAAUUAUGAUUCAAUUAAAGGUGCAUAUCAAUGGGCGAUAGAUACGCUUGAAAUUCAUCGGAAAGAUAAACGAGAAUACGUGUAUGACUUAAAAGAGUUAGAAGAAUCUUUGACUCAUGAUGAUCUGUGGAAUGCAGCUCAAAAUCAGUUAGUGCAAGAAGGAAAAAUGCAUGGGUUCUUAAGAAUGUAUUGGGCCAAAAAAAUUCUGGAGUGGACCGAUACUCCAGAGUCUGCAUUAAAAUGGUCUAUUUACUUAAAUGAUAAAUACAGCAUGGAUGGUCGCGAUCCUAAUGGAUACGUUGGUUGCAUGUGGUCAAUCUGUGGAAUUCAUGAUCAGGGUUGGAAAGAAAGACCAAUAUUUGGAAAGAUACGGUACAUGAACUAUCAAGGCUGCCAAAGAAAGUUCGACGUACCGCAAUUUGUAUCGAAAUGGGGAGGUAAAGUGGUCGAAAGUAAUAAGAAAAAAAGAAAGAAAUGAAUUUAAGAUAUUUUGUCCAGUAUUUUUCAUACAGUAUUAUAUUUCGGAUGUCUACAAAUUAGAAACUUCAAUCUCUACUCUUGAGGUAGAAAUACUUCAAUGUUGGUUAUUUUUAAAGUAAGAGAUUUAAAUUGAUUUGUCACGACGUAGUCCUGAAAUUCCAUUUUUUAGAUUUAUUAUUUAUUGAAUGUUACCAUUUUUAAUGCUAUUUUAAUCCUAGCUGAAAAUAUUUACCGGGAUUUUCGUUUGAAUAUUUUACAUUCUAAAUAAGCAUCAAAUAUGUUAGGUAAUUUUUUUAAAAAUGAUAAAUGAGACAUUUUCGGGGACUUAGAAUUCUAAUUUGAUGUCCAUUUUUAAAUAUCUCUUAAGGUUUAAAUGAUGAAAAAAUUUCCACACGGAUUUCUGUCCGGAUUGUUUCAAAUUUCAUUAUGAAUUUUCUUCUGAAAAAUCCGGGUGAACUUUUUCAGGUUGGAUUACUUUUAUCUUUAAUUAGAAAUAUAUAGCUAUCAUUCACUGUUUUCCUACAAUAUUUGAAAUAUUUUAGAAAUUAAACAAAAAAUUUAGAAAUAAAAUUUUAGUAGAUACUUUUUAGACAAAAUUCUUUUUAAUAUUUAGGAAAACUUUGUUAAAUUAAUAGGGUGAAAAAUUGUGUAUGAAAAUGACUUUUACGGUUUUUAGAGUUGAGCCCUUUGCAAAAUUCACGAUUCAAUUAUUCUAUUUAAGUCCACGCUUGUUGCCGGGGUAGUCCAUGACAAUUAAUGAUAAUAAUAAUCUGUUUCAAACUAAUUGAGUUUGUAGAAAAGUGAGCCUGAAUUGCCCUAACUUGCUUUUCUUCAGACAGUUUUCUAGCUGGUUUUGCUGCCAGAUUAACAAGCUCAUCCACACUUGCCAAUGCGUUUUUCCGGAUGAGGAAAUUAUGAACACGAUUUGGAUAGUCCUUAGAGUCUUCAAAUUUGGCCUAUACUCGACGUCUUAAAUCGCCUUCGUCUUCAACCAAGAAGCGAUGAUCCUCUGGAAUAGCCCAUGUUGGAAAAGUGGCAUAAUUAAGCUUUAGCCACUCAUCCAUAUCAAAACCCUACGCACCAUAAAUUGUGCAGAAUUCUGGUCGGUAUGGCAGAUUGCAUUCUACAAAAUGGUCUUUCCUUGAACGGUAAUUUAUGCAUCCCGGUGGUUUUCCAAUAGUGAUGAAGUAAGUUUGUGUCGACCUAUUAACCAUCGUUGCAUCCUUUUUUGUCAGAAGAAUUUAUUACUCUCUAACAAAUUAGAGACGUUCAAUUCUUCAAGCACCUCCCUAAAAGAUGUAAUUCUCUUCAUAGGAACAGGAUCCACUCGAACAGAAGGAGCCACCUCAGUGUCCCUGUGUUAAUAUAACGGCUUGCCCGUAAAAAAAAAUGUUAAAAUGUUAAAAUUUGUGACGGGUGUUUAUCAUUAUUAAUUCGUCUUCUCUUGAAGUUUUACUCACGAACUUCAGCUUCCAUCAUCUUCCUUACUGUAGUUGUCUUGAUAAAAGAAGGCACUUUGGUUCGUAACACUCAUUAUGGAAAUGAUCAAUUUCCCUCCUCGCUAUCUCUAAAUCACUAAAAUUGGACAUUGGUUCCAAAUUGUUGCCAAAAAUAAUUAUUUUGACCGGAAUUCGAACCGUUACUUACGGUUCUUGAAGUUCUCCGGAAGACCGGUCUAUUCUUCAUUGUUCUCCUUAUCAAACCCUGGUGAUUAAUAUCGACAAAUUAACCGAAAGAUUCGCAUCAUAUCCCCAUUGCUGACAAAUUAACUUUUCAGUUUCCUCGUCUUCACUUUCAACUUAAAAUACCGAAUCAUUAAAAACCUCCAAAUAAAUUGCAUUUUCAACGUCGAUUUUCGAAGUCAGUUCUCUUUCAAAAUUUUUAAUUUUAUCUAUAUUAAACUCAGUUUUAUUCUCCGUUAAUAAUAAUAUCUCGUCAAACUCGACUAAGUCUAAUUUCCGGCAAAUACAAAAAACUAUUUGAGGUUUAUUUUUACAAAACCGCGCCUCGUGACGCCCUUUGAUCCGUUUUUCCGCAAUUGAGGCAAAUCAUGUUUUUGCAAUUGUAUAGCUAUUUAGAACCUUCUGAGUUUGAUACUUUAGUUAUAGAAUCGUUUGAAUUAGUCGACUUAAAGUUUGAGACUUAUUUUUCCGACUCUUCGAACCGUUACAGAUAUUUCUCUAAUCUAUUUUGACUGAGCUAAUUUGUCUUUCGUGAUUUUUACUUUUUCCGUGAAUUAAUCAUCAUUUAUAGUACCUAGACUUUCUACAAUACCAUCGGAAAUUGUCGGUACGAUUAACGUGCGAGGAGUGGAAAUUCGGUGCGGACUUUAAAGCAAGAUAUUUUAAGUUAGAAAAAAGUUAGAGGUUUCUAACUUAGAUGGUUGGAAAGCUGAUAAAAUUCUGCUUCAGAAUGUAUAUCAAGAAAAUUUUUUUCUUUUUUUUUUUAUUUAUAACACCGAAAAGAUUUCAAGAAAAAAUUAUGCAAUUUUCGUACUUUCGUACUAAUGUUUUUUGACUUCCGGCAUAAUCUAGAAUAAUGUAUGGAAAAAUUUGACAAUUUGACAACAUAAUCUUUAAGAUCUCAGCUUUAAUUUACAUUUUUGAAACUUAAAAAAUGUUUUGUAGUUCCUGAAAUAUGUUAAAAAAGGUCCGAGCAUGUUUUUCCACAACUCAGCUAUCGGUCAUAACUUUUUGCCGCCUCGCUGCUGGUUUGUUGAAAAACAUGCUCGAACAUUUUUUAACAUAUUUCGGGAACUACAAAACAUUUUUUAAGUUUCAAAAAUGCAAAUUAAAGCUGAGAUCUUAAAGAUUAUGUUGUAAAAUUGUCAAAUUUUUCCAUACAUUAUUCUAGAUUAUGCCGAAAGUCAAAAAACAUUAGUACGAAAGUACGAAAAUUGCAUAAUUUUUUCUUGAAAUCUUUUCGGUGUUAUAAAUAAAAAAAAAAAGAAAAAAAUUUUCUUGAUAUACAUUCAGAAGCAGAAUUUUAUCAACUUUCCAACCAUCUAAGUUAGAAACCUCUAACUUUUUUUUAACUUAAAAUAUCUUGCUUUAAAGUCCGCACCGAAUUUCCACUCCUCGCACGUUAAUCGUACCGACAAUUUCCGACGGUAGUGUAUAUUUCGAUUUUUCAAUACCAAAAUUUAUAUCCGGUGAAAAUUUGGUGUGACCUGUUAAAAGAUAAUUCUACUCUCCAUAGAAGAUAGUGUAGAGGACCAUUGUUUGCUAUUGUUUGCAAAUAAAACAAGAUUUUUUGCUUUAUUAUUGCUUAAAUAAAUGUGUAACGUACUUAUUACUCCGUUUGAUCCUGUAUCAGUUUUAUCCUCUUUAUCAAUAAUAAUAUUUACUUUAACAUGAGUAACUUCAUUAUUAAUUACGAAAUGAUACAUUUACGAUAAGAUUUUAAAUAAGUUGAACCUACUUGUUAUGGACUGCUGGUAUAUGUAACGUUCUGAACAUAGUCAAAUGAAAAAACAAGAAGAAAAGGUGAACUUUCAUUUUUGGCUUUUAUUUUUUGUUUAUUUCUGUAAAGAAGAUAAUUUUUAAACAUAAUAUGUAUUUUGCAUUUAAAAAUUUAAAAGAAUUUUUAUCAUAAAAGAUGUACUUUUUAAUAUAAUAUAUGAGAUAAAAAAUGUUUAA